CAGGAAAUAUUAGCAUAAGCAAAAAGAUUAAAUAUGACAAACGAAGAUAUGAUGACAUGAUUUGAAGGGCAUAAUUGUAAUUACAACUGGAGAGGGGGUGUUUAAUAAUGAAAGAAGAAUAUAAUAAGUUGAAGGGCAAAGGUUUGGAGAGCUGAUAUAACCUGUGAUCACAACGCUUACCACUCAAUUACAAAAUUCAUCUCAUCUUCAGCUUCACCUUCUUCAGGAAUUAAGACACUUGCGCUCUCAAAGGUCUACUGUAAUAUUUGAAGAAAAAGAUGGGUUACUGGAAAUCAACAGUGGUACCAAAGUUCAAGAAGAUUUUCGAGAAGAACAACGUUAAGAAGGCUGCUGCUGCAGAAGCUUGCAAGACCUUCGAUGACGCUAAGGAGGAUUACAGCAAAGAGUUUGAAGAAAAGAAGAGUGAACUCCAAGCUAAAGUCAUUGAAAUCUAUGAAGCUUCUGCUGAUGAAAUCAAGGCAGUGGUGAAGGAGAAGAAGGAGGGCACCUUGAAAAAGGUCUCUACUGGUGUUGAGAAGUUCCUUGAAGAACUCUCUAAAAUCGAAUUUCCUGGAUCGAAACCAGUUCAUGAAGCUUGCUGCAAAUUCGGCCCAACCUUGGUGGAGGGACCCAUUUUCUUUGUUUUUGAGAAGGUGUCAACAUUCAUUGUAGUCGAAGAGAAAAAAGAAGAGGAGGCUACACCAGCACCGGAAGCAGCAGCUCCGGUGGAAGAAACAAGCAGCAAAGAGAAGGAGAUUGUGGUGGAGGAAGAGAAGAAAGAAGAGGUGGUGGUGGUGGCGGAGGUUGAGAAGACACCGGAAACCACCCCAGUCAAGACGGAGGAAGUAGCCCCAACUGAGCCACCAAAGGCUUGCUGAGCUGAAGGUUUGGCGGUGUGUGAUAUCGAUGAUUUGUGAAAAUUAAAUUAAAGGUUCUGUGCAUGCAUCUGUAAACAAAUUUUACUUGGAC